GAGUUAAUCCCACCCAGCCAGAUCACAUGUGUACAUGCUGACUGACUGGUGCCUGGCUGCUGUUCCAGGUCCUUUGCACCUUUCCAUCUUGUCCCGGCUGUCGGUGAGCCGCUAUGCGUCUGCUGCUCCUGUUGCCGGUGCUGCUGUGUCUAUCCCAGCGUACCGAUGGAGGAAAGGUGCUGGUGUGGCCCGGGGAGUUCAGCCACUGGCUCAACAUGAAGACCAUCCUGGACGGCCUGCUGGACCGAGGCCACAACGUCACCAUCAUCACACACACGGCCACGCCGAGCGUGGUCACCAAGUCCUCCAGGUACAACGUGGAGGUCUUGGACGUCUCCUACACUAGGGAGGAAAUGACAAAAAAUGUUGAUGACAUGCUCAGUUAUUGGAUCUAUGACAUGCCCAAAGACAGCUUCCUGGGAGCAUCCCUGAAGGUCAAAGAAAUGAUUGAUAAGGGCAUGGAGCAAAAUCGAGAACUGUGUGUGUCCUUGUUCUCAAAUAAAGAGGUCAUGGGGAGGUUACAGAGCGGAGGGUACGAGGUUGUGAUGCUGGAUCCCAUGUCCAUGUGUGGAGACCUGCUGGCUGAGACUCUGGGUAUACCCUUUGUGGUGACGAUUCGCUUCUCCUUUGGCAGUGCCAUAGAGAGGCAGUGUGGACAGCUGCCCACUCCCCCCUCCUACGUGCCAGGGGUGGGUUUCAUGUACACAGAUCAGAUGAGCUUUGCCCAGAGGAUGAAGAAUUUCCUGUUCUAUUUCUCUCAAGACAUCUUGCUCCACAUUGUGAUGCACUUUAAAUGGAACCCACUUUAUACUGAAUUGGCAGGUAAACCAACAGAACUUUGUGAUGUCCUCAGCAGAGCUGACAUUUGGCUGAUCCGAACCUAUUGGGAUUUUGAGUACCCUCGACCUUUACUCCCUAAUUUCAAAUUUGUUGGAGGUCUGCACUGCAAACCUGCAAAGCCUCUUCCAGAUGACAUGGAGGAGUUUGUCCAAAGUUCUGGGGAUGAUGGCAUUGUGGUGUUCUCACUGGGAUCCAUGAUCAAGAACCUCACCAUGGAGAGGGCCAACACCAUCGCCUCAGCACUUGGACAAAUACCACAAAAGGUGUUCUGGAGGUACAGUGGUGUGAAGCCAGAGACAUUGGCCCCCAAUACAAGACUUUAUGAUUGGCUUCCUCAGAAUGACCUUCUUGGUCAUCAAAAGACCAAAGCCUUCAUCACCCACGGUGGCACCAAUGGGCUCUACGAAGCUAUCUACCAUGGAGUGCCCAUGGUUGGGAUUCCUCUGUUUGCUGACCAGCCUGACAAUCUGCACCACAUGUCAACCAAAGGGGCAGCUGUCACCCUUGAUUUCAACAACAUGGAAAGCAAAGACCUAGUGGAUGCUCUAAACACAGUCAUAAACGUCCCCUCGUAUAAGGAGAGCAUCAUGAGGCUGUCCAGGAUUCAGCAUGACCAACCCAUGAGGCCACUGGACGAGGCUGUGUUCUGGAUCGAGUUUGUCAUGCGCAACAAGGGUGCCAAGCACUUACGCGUGCAGUCACACAACCUCAGCUGGUACCAGUACCACUGCCUGGAUGUUUUUGCUUUUCUGCUCGCCAUAGUAGGACUGUUCAUUUUUGUCAUGGUGAAAUCAUGUUGUUUCUGCUUUAGGAGGUGUUGUGGCAAAAGUUCAGUGAAAACGAAAAAUGAGUGAAAUAAUUUCUGUGGAAUUUCAGUUUGAUAAAAGCUAUGCACUGUGUGUGUAUAUACCUCAGUGUUGGAUUGCCU